AUGUCAGACAACGGCGGAGAUGACGUAUCACAGUUUGAUACAAGUCCAAAGCCGCAGCCCAAUGAACGCAUAUCAGGGCUCGGGAGCUCUUCAGCUCACCACAAUUCCCCACCUUCUCCUUCCAUCAAUGCCAACAGACAACCCAUGUCCAGCGAUGGAGACGAAGACAACAACUACUUCAGUCGUCCUCGGGAUCUUCAACGUCACUCCAAAUGGCCCCUUAUGCUACAGCUACACGGUUCUAUUAUGCCGUCGCUUAUCCUUCCGCUCUUGUUCGUGGCCUGUUGGGCAACAGCUAUUACAGUCAUCUCCAAAAAGGUCCAUGACCUGAGCGUCAACUCUGUGCUGCUUACCAUUCUCGGUUUCGUUGUCGGCCUAAGCCUUUCGUUUCGAUCGUCUACUGCCUAUGAACGUUAUGCUGAGGGUCGCCGAUAUUGGGGCACAUUGGCCACGGCAUCUCAGACUCUUGGUCGUAUCAUCUGGAUUCAUGCUGAUGAUAAGGGUACUGGCCAAGACCCUCGCGAACUUUUGAUUAAGAAGCUCGGGGCCUUGAAGCUUAUUGCCGGGUAUGCCGUGGCCCUUAAACAUACCCUUCGCUUCGAACACUGCGCCAGUCAACCCGACAUGCAAUCCUAUAUCGCACACCUGAAUACGUUCGCUGGGAGGACAACCGCGCCGACAAAACGGGUUACAAACUUCAACAAGGUUGCCGGCGAAUAUCUCGGUCUCUCCUUUGCUCAAAGCGAUCCUCGAAAGUACCUCAAACGAGCCGAAGAGCAUCAAGGAAAUCUUCCUCUUGAGAUCCUCAAUCACCUGGCGAUAACUCUCGAUUGUAUUAUCGCCAACAAACAGUUACCAGUCUCCAUUCACCAGACAAUUGCUUAUAAUCACCUGACCACUCUGAACGACGUUGCAGUCGGCUGCGAUCGUGUUCUGAAUACCCCUCUACCUGUCGCAUAUACCAUCGCAAUCAGUCAGAUUACCUUUGUGUACGUUAUGCUUUUGCCAUUCCAAUUAACAGGCCCACUUGGUUGGAUUGCUAUUCCGGCCACUAUUACAGCGGCAUACAUCAUCUUCGGCUUGUUAUUUAUUGGCCAAGAAAUCGAAAACCCAUUUGGCCGCGAUGUUAACGACUUGCCGCUUGAUGUCUUUUGCGAACAAAUCGCAAGCGAUCUAGACAUCACUGCCUCUUUUGAUCGCCGCGCAGCUGAUCACUUUUUGCUUGGGGGCGCGCCAUUACACCCUGUUAGCUGUGCUGUAGGUCAUGCUUGGAUGGAUCGUAGUGAGGAAACACUCAGAGAGUCUGUUAAAAACAAACCUCAUGUUCUUUUCAGUUGGCGGCGCGGAGGUGGUGCUAGCCAUUCUGCCAAAGAUAGCGAGAAGAAGGAAGUGGAUGGAAAGUUGGUUUGA